CCUGUUUCUGGACAGGCAGUGACCUGUGAAUGGGGACGCGCUGGAGGUCUUUGCAACGUCUUAUGCAUUGCAUGGAGGGGAACAUCUUGGAAGACCCAUGGCAUGAAUGAUGGGUUCCUCUACAUCUGGGUCCCCUCCCUCACCCCCGUAGGACCGGAUCAUGCAUCCAUCCGCCAGCUCGACCCCUCGGCCUGUAUCCCUUGCUGUAGAGAGACUAGUGGAAGAAACAUCCAAUGCUGCAAGACUGAGCCACAGCUUCCUGUAACUGCAAGCCGAUAUUGGUGGUGGAACAUUUAAUGCGAAGAGCCCCACACACCCUCCUCCCUGCCUCCAAGCUCCUCCUACUCCAUCGUCAUGGCGAUGAGCAGUGAUCCUGGUUGCAUGGGGGUGGGCCCUGACCCAGACUCCUUCCAGACCACUGAGAUGACUGAUAAGAUGUCUGCGGUGUCACUAAGGUCCGAUACCUCCUCCAGUGUAGUGAAGAAUGGGACAGGUGUUAAGAAAGCUCCGCCCAAGAGGCCACACCUGUCAGGCAGGAAGAUGUCAUUGCAAGAGAGAGGAACGUAUGUGUCUUCUGGGAGCGCGGCUGAACGCUAUUCCCGCAUAGCCAGACAGCCGACCAUCGAGUCCAAACGAGUGUCCAUCUCAGACUCGCAGGAUUGCACCCAGCUUAACCAGUACAAGUUAAAGAGUGAGAUUGGGAAGGGCUCAUAUGGUGUUGUCAAGUUGGCGUACAACGAGGAUGAUGACAAAUAUUACGCAAUGAAAGUGGCGUCUAAGAAGAAGCUGAUGAAACAGUACGGUUUUCCCCGCCGCCCUCCUCCCCGAGGUCCUAAAGCAGCCCAGGGGGAGCAGCCCAAAGUGCUUGGUCCUCUGGAGAGAGUUUACCAGGAGAUAGCUAUCCUGAAAAAACUGGACCACCUCAACAUAGUUAAACUGGUUGAGGUGCUGGAUGAUCCAGCGGAGGACAACCUUCACAUGGUGUUUGAGCUGAUGCAGAAAGGCCCUGUGAUGGAGGUCCCCAGCGACAAUCCGUUCAGUGAGGACCAGGCCCGCCACUACUUCAGAGACAUUGUUUUGGGCAUCGAGUACUUGCACUAUCAGAAGAUCGUUCACAGAGAUAUCAAACCAUCAAAUUUAUUACUUGGAGAUGAUGGUCAUGUCAAGAUCGCAGAUUUUGGGGUCAGUAACCAGUUUGAGGGUAAUGAUGCCUUGCUCUCCAGCACUGCUGGUACUCCUGCCUUCAUGGCCCCAGAGACGCUGUCAGACAACCGCAAGAGCUUUAGUGGAAAGGCUCUGGAUGUGUGGGCUAUGGGAGUGACCCUCUACUGUUUUGUGUAUGGAAAGUGCCCAUUUAUUGAUGAGUACAUACUGGCACUUCACAGUAAGAUCAAGAGUAAGCCGGUGGAGUUCCCCGAAACGCCAGCUAUCAGUGAGGGGCUGAAGAACCUGGUCUCACGAAUGCUGGACAAAAACCCAGACACCAGGAUCACCAUUUCUGAGAUCAAAGUGGACCCCUGGGUGACUCAGGAUGGCACUGACCCUUUGCCUUUAGAAGAGGAGCACUGUACCGUGGUGGAGGUCACUGAAGAAGAGGUGCAGAACUCAGUGAAGUUUGUCCCAAGUCUGUCUGCUGUGAUUUUGGUCAAAGCCAUGUUAAGGAAGCGUUCCUUUGGCAAUCCAUUUGAGUGUCCCAGCAGGAGAGAAGAGAGAUCCAUGUCUGCACCAGGCAGUCUGCUCAUGGACUCUUGGCCGUUCCGGCCCUCUUUUAAACUCCAGCCCUCAUUAAGAAAGGGGAGCAGUGGAGAGGCUGGUAGAGAAGUUGAGCUUGAGGACUUGCAUGAGGACGAACCACCCACCUCUUGAGUGUCUUCAUAGAUCCUGAAGCGUUCCUCAUUGUCCUUCCAGCCUUUUGAGCAGAUGAUCAUGACCCAAACCACUCCACUACACUGUUUCCACAGAUUCUGAUAUUGCUAGUCAUCCUUCAGGCUUUUCACUUUUGUCAGUUCUUGCACAAGAAUCACUUUACCUGCCUAUGGUUCUCAUGAAACCUGGCCUUGAUAAUGUGGCGGAAAACUAUUCUUUCUCCUUCACCCCAUUUGGAUCUUUCCACCUUUGUCCUCUCAUCCUGGCUAAACAAAUAGAUUUUGAAUGGAAUCUAUAGUAGGCCAGGUUUUUUUGAAAGACAGACUACACCAUAAGCUUUAAAACAGCACAGACAAAAGAUGCUAUUAACUUGGUGUGGCACUUCAUGAAGCUUAAAAACAGUGAUGCCGUUGAUGCAGUGUACUGCCAUCAUAAAAUGUGUAGAAAAUAAUAGCAAUGGCAUCUUGCCUUUUUGCAUAUGGUAAUGUGCAAUUCUUAACCCUAUCCAUCAUAGCAUGCAGAAAUAUGGCCUCUUUCAUAUUAUGGUGGUUCCAUAUCUCUGUUGUUUUUAAUUUUCUUCUUUUUUCAGUUCAUUCAGAUACAAUAUAUAAACACACAAACACAGUGUUGUACUGUGAAUCAAAGGGGCUUAUGUAACUACCAGACACUAAAAGAGGCUCUUGUCUGCACUUUCAGUCAAUUCUUGAAAACAGGGCUUUCUCAUUAAACAUACAACGUGUUUGAGCGCUCGGUAUAACCGUUAUCUAGAAUAGAGCUUAUUUUCCAUGUUUGUGAAUGUCGCAAAUCCUGGAUUCGGAUUGCAGUAGAUACAGGGCUCUUGUGUUGCAGUGCUUUGUCUCUCUGCUGGAACAAAAUGUGUCAUUGUUUACCGAGUCUUCACAUUCCAAAAGGCCUAUUUGUCAGUCAGCAGUGCUAACGGGCCCUCGAACACACAUGCAAACAUGCAAGCGAGUGUGCGCUGAUGCAGAAAGAGAGGGAGUCACUUUCACUCAAAACAGACAAGCCAAUUGAGGGAAGGAUCUGAAUAUGGUGUUUAGCUGUGGAACGAAAGUGAACUGCCAUUCAAUGUCAUCACGGUCCCUCUCGGCCUGUAUUAACUCCGUCCAAAACAAUACACCCUUGUUUACAUCAGAUUGUCUGUCAGGCGAACCCAUCAUGCCCAGUUUUUGAAUCACGUAUUGAAAGUACAAAGAGUUUCUGUGUGGAAGAUCAUUGUAAAUGCACAGUGGCGAUUGAGAUAUUUGAUUACCAGCACAGAGCACUCAUAAUAAUUAGAUUUUUAUUGUUGUGAAACUCUCACUGAGCGUGUUUCAGUUUUAAAAGGACAGUUGACCCAAAAAUGAAAUACUGUUGUCAUUUUCUCAAGGUCAGUUCACACCAACACGAAUGCUUGGCACAAAAAUUCAGUCUGAAUUUUGUAUGCAAUUUGUCUGUUCAGACCCAUGCUUAAAAAAAGGCAGACAGGUUGAAUGAAAAUGACAGAAUUUACUCUAUUAAAUAGGUGGUGCUGUUAAAAAGCAGAAAUAUCCCAGUUAUUUUGGUAUUAUAAGUGCUGUGCAGUUUUUCAUUACUAACACCCAAUUGUCACAGAGAAGAAAGGCAGUCAAACAGUAUUUACAUGUUUUCGAGCAGCCAAUCCGAUUUUUGUAUUUAUUAUGGUGAUUACCAAAC